AUGUCGAACUCUAGUAUAAUGAGCAUUCGCGAGAUGAUCGACACUGCUUUUGGAGAAUCCGAUGUAAAUGUUGUUAAUUUUAAACUUAUACAAACAGUACUGUACAUACUUGCAAGACAACUUCGAGUAUUGGAAAGACGAGUGCAAUUAACAAUACAACCAAGUGUGUAUCCAUCUAGCUCUAGCUUAUCCGUUACCGAAGUCAAAAUAAAAGCAAGCAUGGCCAAAAAGAAAAAAAUAAUAAAGGCGCCACCUGUUAGUCACGAUAAAACAACGACAAAACCCACCCAAGGACAAACUAAACCUAAGCCAGAGGCAGUUAAGACACCUAUAGACUUGUCAUCUUCUAGCAAAACUAUAUCUGAUCCAACUAAAUCAUCGACCAGCAAAUCUUCUUCUAGUAAAACCACAACUGUAACAACCAAAACUACAACUGAACUAUCAUCUUCCACCAAAUCGACUACGGAGCCAACUGAAUCCACUAGCAAAACAACGUCUGAUUUUACCAAAACGUCAACUGACAAAUCAUCUUCUAGUAAAACAACAUCGGAUUUGACAAAAACUUCUACUUUUCUAUCGAGUUCCAGUAAAACGACAUCAGAUCAGACAAAGACAUCUACUGAGAAAUCAUCUUCUAGCAAAACUACUACGGAACCAACUAAAACUUCAACUGAAAAAUCAAGCACGGAAAUGUCUUCUUCGUUAAAAACAUCUACAGACAAGUCUUCAACUGAUAAAUCUUCCUCAUCGAAAAGUAAAUCAACCUCGGAUAGAUCUACAAGCGAUGAAAGAAAAAAAAAGGAGUUCCACAACAUGCUACAGAUCAUCGAAGAGCAGAGAGAAAGAGAAAUUCGAACUAUUCACCAGAGAGCAAAUUCACAAGAAGAAGCAGCAAGGUCACCGACACCGAUGGCUUCACUUGAUACUAUGGAGACACAAUACGAGAAGUUAUUAAUUGAACGAAAAAGAAGUCAUACUCCUCAGGUUUCUGUUGUGACUCAAGAACAGUUUGAAAAUUUAGCAAUUGCGGUGCGUGCAAUACAAAGCAAAUUCGGUGCUAUUGGUAAAGCCACGUUUCCUGAAAAUCCACAACUUAUGCAAGAACUUCGCCGUGGUGCCUCAUUAACCAAUGCUAUGGCUGCUUUACAAUUAUCUGCUCGUUUAGAAGCUGCAGAAAAAACUUUGGACCUAAUGAUGACUUUAGUUACGGAAAUGGCGAUAAAAAAAGGAUUAAAUGUAGAUUUCGAACCUAAACAAAAGGGCCCUGUUGAUACACCAGAAACAAAAAUUGUAUUUGAAGCUAGUAGUACAGCAUCACAAGAACCUCCGUCGAAAUCACAAAAACAUAAAGUAUCGGAGGUAAAAUCUAGAGAUAAAGCAUCAUCAUUACAAAUGUCUAAAUCAGCUACUUCAACAUUUGCACUAGAAACAUCUCUUGAUGCAAAAGUAGAAGAAACAACAGAACGAAGUGUAGGACCAGCAGAAGAACAAACUAUAGACGUUGAAUCGAAAUCAUCUAUGCAAAAACCUACAAAUUUAAUAAAACCAAUGGAUCUUGAGCACGCUAUGAAAGAAAUGUAUGAUGGAAUUAUGAAAGCAGUAUAUAAUAUAACAAAUAAAACUUCGACUACUGCUGAGAAUGCGUUAAAAACUUCUAACAGACUAGAAAGUAAACUGGAAGCCGCAUUGGAUUUGGGUGAUCGUAUGGACAAUUUGGACUCGCUUGUAUCCGAAUAUGUAGAACAAAUAAACAUCAUGGAUACGAAUUUAUCAUCACAGAUGACCAACUAUCAAGAACAAUUGACACAAAUGCAGCAUGAUUUAGAAUCAGGAUUAGAAAACAUGGCUGAGGCUAUGGCUAAUACUGGUGGUGAUACAGUUGCUGUUGCUGAAUUAAAUGCGCAUUUUACUGACUUACAAGUUGAUUUCGACAAUACAAAUACAAGGCAAAAGGAAUUAAAAGAAUAUCAAGAUUGCUUGUCAUUGGAUUUACAAGCAUUGCUAAAACAAAUAGAAAUACUCCGCGAAACAAAAUCCGAUCGAGAAGAAGUAGCUGAUGCUCUCCGUGACAAGGCAGGUCUCGGAGCGUUAAAUGGACUAGUAACCUUGCAACAAUUUAACGCAGUACGUGGAGAUUUUGAAAAACGUAUCGGAGCAGCUUAUGAUAAAUUUAAUAAUCAAGAAAUAAUCUGGCAAAAAGCAAUAGAUGAUUUACUUCGUGAACUCAAUGAAAAGGCCGAUCUAGUUCAAGUUAUGUGUUUACGUGAUGAUGUUAAUAACAAUCUUGAUAAACUCAAUAAUAGAUUACAUGCCAUGAUGGAAAUUGUGGGCGAGCCGAGAGCAGCGGCUGUAGCGAAAAGACUAUUUCGUAAUACUGCAUGCCUAUCCUGUAAUACUCCUGCUCGCAUGGAGAUAGAAGAACCUGGAUUAAUUCCAGCCUUCCCUGCCUUCCCAAAAACAUCCAGACAUGCUAGUAUCGGCGCUGAGGGUGAUUCCAAUAAAGAUAAAGAAGAUUAUAAAGUUUGCUACCCUGGACAACCAAUCCAACACCCAAUAGACGAAAGGGCACACAUUUGUACGCGAUAUUGCGGUGGAUCUCAUACAAUUGUUCCCAGCGCACUGGGUCGGACUCCUGAGGGUAUGAUUGUAACUUCGAUGCCCCGAAACCUUUCUACAGGCGUAGGAUCGGACGGCAAAACUUAUUUAUUGGACGAAGAAAAGGACAGAAUAAGAAAACCAUGUGUACCUUGCAAUCAAGGUUAUGUUACAAUCCCUCAGCCAUCUGAGGCUGAUCAAGCACCUACAGAGAGUUCUGACAUGGUACCAUGGGAUUUUAUGCCUCUACAAGCUUUCGAACCCGAUAUCACGGAGGACGUCACUCCACCGCCGCCAGCCGACGAUUUAGACUAAAUUACUCUAUAUUCGUUUAUUUAUUCUAUUUUGUAAUAAUGUCUUAAUUAACAUUUCUUUUUGUCUUAUUAUU